GCACUCGUAGCAUUUUAGACGAAGAUGUAGCCCCGUUGGGCUCAACAGUCUCUUCUCAGUCCUUUUUUCGACUGAAGCCCACAUGCUGUGGUUGUAGUCCGCGCUUCUUAGGUUGUAGUUCCCGAUAUCAUCGACAAGCGGCUGUUACGACGUAAAGGAUGCUAUUUUUGUCUUGAGUUUUAUGCGAACCUAUGAUACCAUCAUGCUUCUCAUCGUUUUGGAAGAUGUAUAAAGCAGACGGAUUGUCGUUUUGGAUUGAUUAAUUCUUGGUCUCAGCAGCAGCAUCAUCUUCUCAGUCUUGCAAUCACCUACCCUCUACCCGUCAUCAUGAAGUUCACCACCGGUCUUGCUCUUCUGAGCGCUCUUGCCACCUCCACGGCUCAGAUCCUCGUCCCUCCAGGACCCGUCAAGGGCCCCAAUACUCUUGUCUUCAAGCAGAUUGGCGGCAUCCCCAACAAUGAGUGCUUGACCUUCACCAACAGCGGCGAGAUCGUCCAAGCCGCCUGCGCCUGGACACACGCCGACAGACAAGUCACUCCCGGCAAGAUCUUGGGGACCGACGUCCUCAUUGUCCAGCGGGGCUUUGCUGCCCCCUUUCGUGGUGACCUUGUCGGCAAGACAGCCUGCGUUGCCUUCAACGAGACCACCUUCCGCGCCGAGGACUGCUCGAGGAACGACCUGCUGUUUGUCAGAUUCGAUGUUGGUAACGGCCGGAUUCAGGCCAAUGGCGCGCCCGUUUGCUUGAGCGGGUAUGAUAGCAAGGCUUUCGUCAAAAUUGAUGUCGGCCUCCAGAGGUGCUCGCAGUUCACCAUCACUGCUGUUGCGCCUACCAGGCCAUAAAAGGGGCACACGCACUGGGAGGAGGAGGAGGAGAGUCUUCAUGAUGUUGUAAUUAGCGUAAUCUUGGGGUUGGGGAGGACUUGAGAUAGAUUCAUUUUGAGAUGGAGCCUUGAUACAACGGCCAGGGGUAGAGCUUGUAUGACAUCAACAGAAUAAUUAUCGCGUGAAAUAUUUAUAAGAACCAAGUUGGCAGAGACCCAAUGUUGUCUUGUGGAGGAG